AUGCCAUGGCUCAGUCAAGAAUCUUACCCCCUUCCUCAGAAAGACUUGAUCUCACUCGUCUUUGACGAAUGUGCCUAUGACCCUGAUAAACCAAUCUACCACGACCUAGAAAACCCCAAUCGCACGAUAUCAUGGCGGCAAGGACGCUCCAUCACGAGGAAACUCGCGGCUGGAUUCCGCAAGGCUGGGCUGAAGAGGGGUGAUUGUUUCAGCAUUGCUUCCUUCAACGAUAUCAUGUAUUCGAUGCUCUUCCUCGGCGGGGUGGCGGCUGGCGGUAUUUUCAGCGGCACGAACCCGGCCUACCAGAUCUAUGAGAUCCGGCACCACAUCCGCACGGCACAGGUCAAGAUGUUCAUCGUGGAGCCGGAGGUGCUGGGGCCGAUCCUGGAGGCGGCCGAGCUGGAGGGCAUCGCGCGGGACAAGAUCUUCAUCUUCAACACGCGGCCGCAGCAGCGCGUGCCCCCCGGGUUCCGGAGCUGGGAGUGGCUGCUGGACCAGGGGGAGGAGGACUGGGUGCGGAUCACGGACCUGGAGACGCUGCAGCGCACCGAGGUGGCGCGGCUCAACACGUCGGGGACGACGGGCCUGCCCAAGACGGCGAUGCAGUCGCACUACAACGCGACGUCGUGGCACACGAUGCUGCACGACAUCGCGCCCGUGCCGUGGGCGGUGCGCAACCUGUACACGCUCCCGGGAUUCCACGUCGCCACGGUGCCGCUGGUGCACGCCUGCCCCUUCCGGACGGGCGACCAGUGCUGGAUCAUGCGCCGGUUCGAGCUCGAGGCGUUCCUGGCCGCGCUGGAGCGCCACCGCAUCACCAACAUCGGCAUCGUCCCGCCCCUCGUCAUCGCCAUCAUCAUGUCCCCCCUGCGCCACCGCUACUCGCUCCGGUCGCUGCGCAAGAUCAAGUGCGGCGCCGCGCCCCUGGACGCCGCCUCGCAGAACAAGUUCCGGGACCUGUGCGCCCCGGACGCCAGCUUCACCCAGGUCUUUGGCAUGACCGAGACGACGGGGACCAUCAGCCAGUUCUUCCACCCGGAGCAGGACGAGACGGGCAGCGUGGGGAGUCGAUUUCUACCCAACACCGACGUCAAGUUGAUCGACGACAACGGCAAGGACAUCACAGACUACGACGUCCAGGGUGAGCUCUGCGUGCGCGGCCCCACUGUCAUCCGGGGCUACUUCAACAACCCCAAAGCGAACGCCGAGGCGUACGACGCGGAGGGGUACUUCAAGACGGGUGACGUGCUGUACUGCGACGGCCAGACGAAGAAGUGGUACAUCGUGGACCGGAAGAAGGAACUCAUCAAGGUCCGGGGCUUCCAAGUCUCCCCCUCGGAGCUGGAGGCCGUGCUGCUCUCGCACCCGCGCAUCGUCGACUGCGCGGUGUUGGGCUUCCGGCCCGCGAGCCGCCGCGCGCCGCACGCCGACGAGCUGAUCCGCGCGUACGUUGUGGUCCGCCGCCCGAGCGCGGACAGUGGCUCGUCUCCGGUGGAGUCGCCGUUGACGGAGGACGAGGUCAAGGCGUUCAUCCGCAAGAAUCUCGCUGGUUACAAGGCCCUGACCGGCGGAGUGGUCUUCGUGGCCGAGAUCCCCAAGAGUCCCAGCGGGAAGAUCCUCAAGAGGGUGUUGAAGGAGCAGGCGGAGAAGGAGGCGGGGGCGGAAGGGGAUGGGAGGGCGAAGUUGUGA